AUGGACUAUGAUACCAAAGACAACGCCUUCCUUGCGGACGGUGGCGCGGACCGCAUCGUCGCUACCUCACAUGACACCGAUCCGCCCACUUCAAGCAUUGACCCGCAAGCGGCAGUGCAAAGUGACGCAUUCCUUUCCAAGCUCACAAAAUGGUGGUCAGACGACGAAGAAGCCACCAUCCGUCGCAAGCUCGACAUACGGAUCGUAGCAACAUCCUUCGUUCUCUACCUCCUCGCCUUGUUGGAUCGCAGUAACAUCGGCAACGCCAAGACGGCAGGCAUGGAAGCCUCGCUCGGGAUGAGCGAUGCACAAUUCCAAUGGCUAUUGACCAUCUUCUACAUUGCCUACAUCAUCUUCCAGUUCCAGGUGCUCGUAUACAAGCUGCUCCCGCCAAGCGUCUGGAUUGCAUUCUGCGUGUUCGUGUGGGGGGUUGCAGGUGUCUGUCAAGCAGCAACGACCAACUGGGCGGGGAUGAUGGUGGCGCGCUUCUUCCUUGCUGUGGCCGAAGCUGGGUACGGCACGGGCUGGGCGCUGUACCUGAGCUUCUUCUACCCGCGCACCGAGAUCGGGGUGCGGUUUGCGUUCUUUGUCUCUGGCGGUGCUAUUUCGGCGGCUGUUGCCGGGUCGAUCGCGUACGGCUUGGUGCAUGCGCACACGUCGUUGGCGACAUGGAGGCUGCUGUUCCUGAUCGAAGGCAUUCCAACGUUACUGAUGGUGCCCGUGGCGUACUUGUUGCUGCCCAACAGCAUUCAGUCUGCAAGUUUCCUCACGGCGCGCGAAAAGCAGAUCGCCGAAGCACGCAUGUUCCGCCCGCCCCCGCCCCAGCCCCCGCCUCCCGACGCCACGGCGCACACAACCGAAGCGCACUGCUGGAUCACCCGCAUCAAACGCCAGAUCAACUGGACCCAGGCCGGGUCGGCGUUUCUGGACCCGACGUCGUACAUCUCGGGAGUGCUGCUGUUUAUCAUCAACGUCGGCUACUCGAGCGUGCCCGUGUACGUGCCUACGCUGGUUGCAGAGAUGGGCUUCGGCAGCAUCAAGGCGCAGGGGCUAUCGGCGCCGCCGUACGUGCUGGCGUUUCUCGUAUCGCUGCUUGCGUGCUGGUUGACGGACCGGUGGCAGAUCCGCGGGCCCGCGUGUACGCUGCUCCUGCUCGUCGGCGCAGUAGGCUACCUGAUGCUCGCAUGCCUCCGUUCCACCGCCGCACGCUACAUCGGCGUCUGGCUCAUCAUCAACGGCCUGUUCCCCUUCAUCCCGAUCCUCUACAUGUGGCUCAUGGCCAACCAGGCCAGCAGCGAGUCGAAACGCGGCCUGGGCCUGGUUAUCUUCGCCACCAUCGGCCAGUGCGGCCCCCUCCUCGGAACGCACCUGUUCCCAGCGAGAGAGAAGCCGUACUAUGUUAAGGGGACUACGGUGAGUGCUGGACUGCUGUUGCUCGGCGUGCUGGUGAGUGCGGCGUGCAGCGUGCAGUUCUGGCGGAUUAACCGGCAGCGUAACCGCGCGGAUGCGCUGGCGAGCGUGCCCGGCGAUGUGGCUAGUGCGGGCGAGGUCGAUGAGGAGAAAGCUGCGGCUGGUGAGCUAGGGCAAGGGCAGGGAAGAUUGCGUGAGGCGGAUAGGAGGAAGAUCGAUGUGCUGCUGCACGGCGAACAGUCUCGUUACUUCCGUUACACCAUUUAG